UCUUGAGAAAGGAGAAGACAACCGUGUCCCAUGCCAGAGGAAUACUCGUUGGAUGUGCUGAGGCGGGAAAAACAACUCUACUGAAGAGAUUAAGAGGGCAACAUCACAAUAUCGGUGAAGUUACAGAGUCCACCAGGGGGCUGGAAGUCCAUCAACAUCUUUUCAUCGUUAAAGAUGGAAUUUUAGAAGUAGCUGAUGACGAUUCACCAUUGAAGACGUUUAUCAGGAUAAAUGCUGCGGACCUGGUGCCAAACAUUAGCGGUGAAGUUGACAUUUCCAAUCCAAAUGAAAAUAGAGACAAUUCGGAACUGAAAAGUCCUGAUAAAGAGAGGGGGGAAAUCUAUAGCCGAGAAGAAGAGAAAGUUGAGUUGCCUAGCCCACCACCUGAAGUCAAAGAAGAAGUCAAUACAGUAGAGGUAAUGGCCAGUGUUCUCUCCUCAGAAGCACAGAAAAUGGUGAAGGAUGAAAUUUUUCAGAAAAUCUUGUCUGAAAAAGAGAACUUACCAACUGUCAGUAUGCUGGAUUUUGCUGGUCAGUUAGCGUAUUAUGCCUGUCACCAAAUUUACGUAACACCAAAGGCCUUCUUUAUCCUUGUGUUGGACAUGACUAAGAAGUUUGAGGAUGUUGUCGAUAGGGAGAAAGAUAAUCAAGAAGGAUCAAUCUUCUCUGUGUGGACUUACAAAGACUACCUGAAGUUUUGGAUAACCUCAAUCAAGACAUUUGGAGGCUCUAAGGCGCCACUGUUCAUUAUUGUCACACACACAGAAGGAACGUCUGCAGAAGAAAUAGAGAAGUACUUUGAAGACUUCUGGAAUGCUGUACCAGACGAGGAUAGAGAUUGGUUAAGUGAGUCUCUAAAUGAUCGUGAUUAUGCAGUGGGUCUAGUUGAACUAAAUGAUGAAACAAAGACAAAACUGGAAUCAAUUAAAAAGUCCAUAGUUGAACUAUUUACAGAAGAGACCAAUACAAAAAUUCAAAUACCUUCUUCAUGGGCUUUAAUGGAACAAUUAUUAUAUGAAGGAGGGUGGAAAGUCUUGUCCCUUGAUGAAAUCAGGAGGCUCAACUCAUCCCUUCCUGAUGAAUACCAAAUUAAAAAUGAUGAGGAAAUGUCUAGCUUUCUAAAAUGUUUCCAUGACAAUGGCAUUCUUUUGUAUUUUCAAGAUGAAAAAUUGAGGGAACAUGCAGUACUUGACAUUCAGUGGUUUGCUAAAGCUUUCAGUAAGAUCAUUGCUGAUAAAAACCACAUUAACAGAGACUGCAAAACAAGAUUAAUCAAAGAGUGGAAGUCCUUCAACAAAACAGGAGAACUUAAAGAUAAAGUGGUAAAUGCACUAUGGAAAGAAGAACCUCUAUACUUGAAACAUAAAAGUGAAAUUAUGUCUUACAUGGAGAAGCUUCAAAUGCUGGUACCUUUGGAGUCCUCUGGGGCUGUAUCAGAAGGUGACAUGUCAUGGUAUGUCCCCUGUAUGAACAAAAAGCAGUUUCUAGCCAACUUUUGUGAAGAUAAAUGGGAAUGCUCCUCCAUUUUGUGCUAUCGAUUCACUUCGUUUGCCAUGUUUGUGUUCUACAGACUGGUAGCAUACUGCAUGGGGUUUCUGAGAUGGAAUGUUUCAACAGAUGAAGAUCAUGAAGGAAGUCUAUGUCUUUAUCAAACAGCAGCAGUGUUUGAUCACAAUGAACACACUGUUGUUGUUGGCAUAUGUAAUGAUGAUAUACAAUUGCAAGUGUUGCGAAUCAGACCAUUGGCUAUAUAUAAAGAGGUAACAAAUGAAAUCGGAGACUCCAUUCAAAAUGCCAUAAAAAAGUUGACAGAAACAUUUAUUGGCACAAACAUUUUCCACAAAGGAUUCAAAUGCCAAAAUAUUAUUUGUAAUGAGAAAGAUAUAUCUUUCUCUCUUGAAAGUGAACUGUCCAAAAUCAAAGCUGAAGAAACGCAGUGCAAGUGCCAACUUCAGAAAAAACACGUGAUAAAUAUACAAAGGACUCUGGGUUUCUGGGAAAAGAGAAAGUUAGGAGAUUCUAGCAGUCAAAUGGCUUCUGCCCAAGGGCUGGAGGGUCGAUCUAGGUUUGCUAAACUUGGAAUGGCAACAAACGAUGUGUUGAAUAAGGCGUACAGAGAUAUUCUUGAAUCAGAAAUACCUCCCUGCUAUAUUGAGAACAAGGUGAAUACAUUAUCGACAAAAAAGAGAGGAGAUCUAAAGUUGAAUCCAGAUCAAGAAAAUCUUCUGAAAAAGGCAAAUAUUUCUGGAUAUAAGGAUUUUGAUAUUUCAUUAACAUACAAGAUGAUAAGAAACAUUUGUUCAACUAUCCCUAAACCAACAAAAGGAAUGUGGGGAAAAGAGCCUGCAGCAGUAGACAUUACCGUUGGUGACGAUAUUGAGAGAAUUAGGUUAAUCCGAAACUCUCUGACUGCACACGUGAGCUCAGCCUCCACCUCUCAGUCAGAAUUUGAUGACACCUGGUCAGUAAUGUCCGAUAUCUGCCAAAGACUGGAAACCUUCACUGGAAAGACGUACCUGGAUGAUCUUAAAUACAUUCAAAAACUGACUAUAAAAGAGGAAGAUGAAAAGGCUAUUAUAGAAAAGGUUAAAAUGGAAAGUGACAGUGAAAUGCUGAAGUCAAUGAUGUCAGAUAUCAAGGAAAUAAAAUCAGCAGUACUACAGCCUAAAAAUAUGGAUCCCACUUAAUAAUAUUACUCAUAAAAACUGUUGUAUAUAUGUGUUGUGUGUAAAAUCACUUAAAUGGAAUCUACAUUGAAACCAAUUUCAGUUCUAAAUUGACUUUUAAAGAAUUUGAAAUUUUUUCUUCUUAUUUGACAUUGUUGACAGAAUAAAGAACAUUGGAUUGGUUGAUUUUGAUAUCAAAGUUGUAAGCUAUUGUUUCCAAAGAGUUUCUAAUAAUAUUUUUAGCUCACCUCAACGAAGUUGGGGGGAGCUUAUGUGAUACCCUCGGCGUCGACGUCGGUGUCGGCGUCGGCGUCCCUGGUUAAGGUUAAGUUUUUUGGAGCAGUUUUCUUUUUAAUUAUUUCUGUGUCCUAUACUGAUUAGACAUGCAUGGAAGAUGGUUUUAGUGUGUUUUAUUGUACCAGACAAAGUUUCAGAUGCUGCAAUUGCAGCAAAGGAAUUACCAGGUUGAUGUUUUUGGAGCAGGUUAACAUUUUUGGUGCAGUUUUUGGUGUGGGUUUCAUUUCCAAGUAACUAUAAGCCCUAUAUGUUGACCAAACUUGCAUGGAUGAUACAUCUAAGGAUGCAUACUACCAUGCUUGCUUCGGAUGCUGAAUCUGACCUACAUUUUCCGGUUGAGUGAACAGGUUAAAGUUUUUGGUGUAGGUUUCAUUUCCAAGUAACUGUAAGCCCUAUGUUGACCAAACUUGCAUGGAUGAUACAUCUAAGAAUGCAUACUACCGGGCUUGCUUCAGAUGCUGAAUCUGACCUACAUUUUUCUGGUUGAGUGAACAGGUUAAAGUUUUUGGUGAGGGUUUCAUUUCCAAGUAACUAUAAGCCCUAUGUUGACCAAACUUGCAUGGAUGAUACAUCUAAGGAUGCACAUUAGCAGACUUGCUUGGGAUGCUGAAUCUGACCUACAUUUUUCGGUUGAGUGAACAGGUUAAAAUUUUGGUGCAGGUUUCAUUUUCCAAGUAACUAUAAGCCCUAUGUUGACCAAACUUGCAUGGAUGAUACAUCUAAGGAUGCAUACUACCGGGCUUGCUUCGGAUGCUGAAUCUGACCUACAUUUUCCGGUUGAGUGAAUAGGUCAAUGUUGUUGGUGCAGGUUUCAUUUGCAAGUAACUUUAAGCCCUAUGUUGACCAAACUUGCAUGGAUGAUACAUCUAAGGAUGCACACUACCAGGCUUGCUUCGGAUGCUGAAUCUGACCUACAUUUUCCGGUUGAGUGAAAAGUUAAAAGUUUUUGGUGCAGGUUUCAUUUCCAAGGAACUAUGAGUUCUUUAAUGACCAAUCUUGCAUAGAUGAUACAUCUAAGGAUGCAUACUUUCGGGCUUGCUUGUGAUGCUGAA